AUUACAGAGACUUUACAGCAUCAAGUCCUAACCCGAUAUCUGUACGAACGCUAAGCGCUUAAGACUUUUUAAUACUUUCAUAGGAUUUUGUGAAAACCUCUGCAGUUUGCGACUGGCAGUGAUUUGUAAGAUAUUAACCGCGUCGCGGACAGACAGAUUUUCAUGACAAGGACUCCGAGUGGAUGAUUCGGGAUUUAUUUGUUUUUUUUUUCAGUGGCUUACUGGAUUUUGUGAAUCGGCCGCUUGUAGUGUAAGGACUGUGAUAGACUUUGUGAUUUAAGGCUGUAUCAUAAGAAACGAUCUCUUUCGAGUUUUCAACAUUCUAACAGGACUGGCAUGACGCUGGCAGUGACCUACAGUCAAUAAAAAAAAGAACUGAACAAGCAUUUCUCCUCCCGACGUUACGUUCAAAUUCUAACAUGGAACGUUUAGAGUCUUCUCUGUCAGAUCCAGCGCUAUGCCUUCAGGAUCUGGUGACGGGCGUCACGACGUCUUCAGCGAACUCAGACAUCCACGGCCAUCACCACCUCCACGAUGCCGCCGUCUCUGUGAGUUCUGCUAUAUCCGGCAUAAUGAGCGGGACAUCAUCAUCAGUAUUGGGCCACCACGUGACGUCACAUGAGCCACCCCACCAUCACGGCGUCGUCCCCCACACCCCCUCGCUGCACCACGAACCCCUGGAGAAACUAAAACGUGUUUGGGCAGAGACCGGAGAUUUCCGGGACGCCCACUCCGGGAUGUCGGGCUCCACCACGAUGGACCACCCCCAGCUGCCUUUCCCUGCUGCCGUUAGAAGUCGAACACGAGAUCGAAAAGCGAGUAGGUCCUUGUCAGAUCCAAUAAAAACCGAAUCUGGCGUGGGCGUAGAAUCAUCCGAAGGAGAUGAUGGAAAAAAUGACAAGAAGAAUAAAAGACAACGGAGGCAACGUACUCACUUUACUAGUCAACAAUUACAAGAACUGGAGGCUACCUUUGCUAGGAAUCGUUACCCUGACAUGAGCACCAGGGAGGAAAUAGCUAUGUGGACGAACCUCACUGAAGCUCGAGUUAGGGUGUGGUUCAAAAACAGAAGAGCAAAAUGGAGAAAACGGGAGCGGAAUGCUAUGAACGCCAUGAACGCAGCUGCUGAAUUCAAAACCGGUUUUGGAACCCAAUUCAAUGGACUGAUGCCCGCUAUCAGCGACGAUGGCUUUUAUUCCUAUUCCACGUACAAUAACUGGGCCACCAAAGUCCCUAGUCCUCUGGGAACGAAACCCUUCUGGCCCGUCGUCCCUUCCAACCACCACCAGAGCCCCGUCAACUGCUUCAACGCCGCUACAUCGGUGGCUGGAGCUUCGAUGACGGGUGCAGUUAGUUCCAUGCUUCCAGGCGCCAUGGGUACCGUGAUGACCAGCACACCCGGCGCCGUUUCGGCCCAACCCUGCCCCUAUACCACCCCGGCUAACCCUUACUCUAUGUAUCACCAUAGAGCGGCUACAGAGCCUUGCACCGCAAUGUCGUCUAGUAUAGCCUCCCUUAGGUUAAAGGCCAAGCAGCAUACUGGAUUCGUGGGCUAUUCGAGCGUUAGCCCAGUCAGAUCCAGCUCAGCGGGCUUGUCCGCUUGCCAGUAUGCAGGCAGUGGCAUAGGGGUCGGCGAGAGGCCCGGCUGAGAACACGAUGAGCCCCUAGGGGCCCAGUUGAAACACGAAGACCAAGACGAUUGAUAAGAUAACGGAAUUUCGCACAAGCAAAUACCCCAAUCUCCAAUCAAAUCAUAGUGAUAAGGUUAUCAAAAUGGCUGCGAGGUUUCUACUAUUUUGAUUGUAAAAAUAUGAUCAACAAGUUUAUCUCGAGUUUUUUAAGUGUUUUUAGCUACAUGGAAUCUGGAUGAUAGAUAGCGAUUAACAAAUUGAGAGUACAAAUUACAUUGUUUGUAAUUAUUUAUUUUAUUGGGUUUUCUGCCACAUUGAGGAAAAGUAUAUAAAUCAAUAAACCUUUCGAAAACGUUAUAAAUAUAGUUUAUCUAUACCAAAAGUACCUAUCUCUUUGGGGAAGGUAAAUAAUUUUUAUUAACCUUAUUAAAAGGACUGAAAAUCAAAUGUGACCUAUUUGUUUUGUUUUUCUACCUUUUAUAGAAAUAUAUGGUGACAAAAUAUUUAUUUCAUUACUUACUUCGUCGUUAAAAAUAUCCCACCCAUAAUUGUUAUAAUUUAAAAAACCAUUUGAAACAAAUUUACUACCAUUUAGGGUUGCUUCCAUAAUAGACUAAAAUGUCUUUUUUUAAUAUAGGAUUAAAGUAUUGUCACAAAAUAUGUUACUAUUGUAAUUAACAAACUUUGUUUUAAAGUCAACUUCAGUGUGAUUAUGAAAUCAACCCAUAAAGGUAAAACGAAAUUUUGGUUUUAUUUCUAUCGAAUUACUUUCUUUUCCAACAUUUUUGUGUUAUUUUAUUGACGAACAUGGGUUUUGCCACGCAUAUAUGCAAAUUUUCAAAUUCUUCCCUUUCUAUUGUAAUAUUUGACCAACACUCUUAAUGAGGCAGUUGUCCGGAACAUAUUACCGGUUAGAAAAACUGUCCUAACAUAAAACCUAUUAUCAAUUGUUUUCAAUAAUUUUUCAAGUAAAUUUUAAAUAUUUUAUAUUUAUUGUAUAAGUAUAUAACAUUUUGUUGCUAUUUUUGAAACUAUUUUUAUUUUCAAUACUUUUCUCAACAAAAUGAUUAACUAAUAAUACAUGUUUAAAGAAUUCCUCUUCAUAUUUGAAAAUUUAAUUUUUUGAAAUAAUUCUGUUCUAUCACAUAAACAGCUGACUCUUAGUAACGUUAACUUGUCUUGUUUUAUAGUGUUUAUAGUAUAAUUAUAAAAAUAAUUUCUACUUCGCGUGAGGUACUAUUGGUUAGGCAAAACUUUGGUUGAUCUUUAUGAUGUAAUCCAUUAUUAAUUUUCAAUGUGGCAAAAAACGAAUAACAUAAAAGUACAGGAUCUUUCUUUUGUUGCAGAACUGCUUAAUGUAUAAAUUAAGUAAUUUUCUUGCUUCUUUCGGUGCAUCAUCUGAAGAAAAACCUUAAAAAGAAUGAAAAUGUGAACAUAUUUUUAUUUAAAAUGAAUAGCAAUAUCUUGGUCUGACUGUAUGUAAAUCAUAAAUGUAAAUAAAUGUAGUUUGAUGUCGACUUGUAUAGUAGAUGAUAAAAUAUGAUGUUACUGGGGUGAAUCUAGGCCAUCAUCAAAAAAAGUAGAAUUAUUAUUUAACUGAAUAAACCCCUUAGUUUUUUAAUUACGGUGAAUUAUUACCCGGUAUAAUGUUCCCGGUUCCAUCGUGCCAUAAUUUUAGUUUAAAUAAAUGAUUUUUUCUUACGUCCAUUUAUUAUAUUUGCUCAAAUUAGUUCUAUAAUUUAAGGUAGUGCAAAAAGUUCUGUUGGGCCUGGUAUUAGUUAUAUUAACUAAUAAUUUUUUUGCAUUACCUUGAUAAAGUACAAAAAAAAAGGAUAACCAUUGUUAUUGUGCCAAAUAUUUUC